AUGAAAUGGAAGGGAAAUGGAGCUAAGAAGAGAUUAUGUGGGCGGAGCAGGAAGGGAAAGGUACUGGGGGCAAAGAAAAGGCGGGAGAUGUUCAUGAGAGAUAUACAGGAGCGGGAGGAGCUUGUCAGUUGCGCUAUGGGGAUCUUGAUGACUUUUUCACUCAUGAAAACCAAGUAUACCCUACAGCUCUCUCUGAGAAUGGUGAUCUCUACCAGGGAAAAAAGUGACACUUUAAAACCCCUCGAAGGUUUGAUUAAAGAGAAGGUAGUGGAUGCUCCUGAUAUUGAAGUUGCAAUCAUAGAUGGAGCAGUCGCAACACAUAUCGUAAAACCAACAAAAGAGGACUAUUAUCCUACUGCUUCACUUCAUGAUUCUGCACCUAACACUCCACUUCAUGAUUCUGGACCUACCACUCCACUAAAUGAUUCUGCACCUACCACUCCACUAAAUGAUUCUGCACCUAACACUCCACUUCAUGAUUCUGCACCUAACACUCCACUUCAUGAUUCUGCACCUAACACUCCACUUUAUGAUUCUGCACCUAACACUCCACUCCACUAUUCUAGACCUACCGCUCCACAACAUGAUUCUGUACCUACCACUCCACAACAUGAUUCUGCCGAACCACUUCAUGAUUCUGCACCUAACGCUCCACAACAUGAUUCUGUACCUACUGCUUUACUUCAUGAUUAUGCAUCUACCACUCUACUGAACGAUUCUACACCUAAAGCUACACUUAACAAUUCUGCACCUACUAAAGAAUUCACAAAUACAAAUAUAUGGAACAGUACACCCGAACAGCUGUUCAGUAACAGUGGACAAUUAUCAAUAGAACAUUUUGAAGAAAUUGCCUGA